AUGAUUCUCAAAGCAAUAUUACUGUUAUUCAUAUCUAAUGUACUUAACGCAAAUUUUACUGAGUAUCUACGACUGCGAGUGACCAUAGAGAACUCAAAGUGCCAAUCUUCAUCGACAGAAUCUGCUUUUACUUUCUUUCUUACAACAUUAUCUCGAGAAAAUAAGUUCCUCGGUUGGUACCCCAUACAUAAGAAGGAUUUCGUGAAAUCAAAAGAAAAAUUUGAAAUUGAAAUAUACAGAGAUAACUCGUUGCGUUCGUCUCAUCCGACAAACAUUGGGCAGUGUUUUGAAGAAGAAUAUGAUUCUGAUGUGGAGAUAGUUUGCGUACCUACAGCUGAUGCAUUCUUUGUGUAUUAUCAAAAUGAUCCCGUAGAUACAUGGAGUAUUGGAUUCAUAAAAGUUUAUGUGGAUUUUUUCUUUAAUAACCAAAGUUAUCAAUGGUAUUUUGAAUAUACUCCUCCAGCCCCUUGCUCAUCAUAUAUGAACGAUGAAGGUUUUUAUCAAAUAGGUCCUCGUCCAGGAAUUUUCAUCAAAUGGGAAAACGUGACAGGCCCACAGAUAGGCGACUGGAUUCGUGAUUGGGUUUAG